CGGUUCUUGAUAGAGAAAAUAGACGCACGGCACGGUGUGUUUUGUGUUUGUGUUGGCACCCAGACCUAGCGCAAGCAUGCAUCAACCGCCCGCAUGCUCGGGACGGUUACGGUCGUGUACCUCGACCGACGACCAGCUCAUCUGCAUGAGGCACGAGCAGGUAACCAACCAGAUCUUACAAUCUGGCUCAGCUCGCCAUUUGCUAAGAGCCCAGGGAGCGGGAGGAACAAGAGGAAAGAGGUUUGAACUCGUACCACACAAAGCGACGAUGUUACCAUGGCUGGGAUUCAGCUUUUGCUUCACCGUGGAUGUGGCUGCGGACACGGCGGUGAACCCGGUGAUUUGCAUUUGGUUCAUGUUUGAAGACACGCCCUUUCAGUCGAAGACCGCUGGAAAGCCAUAUGGCCAUAUGGUCCAGGAGGGUACAGCAUUUCGGAAGCCCACCUUUGCUUCUGAUAAGCCCUCAGCAUAUCCAGGGGUGCGCGGCAUACAGUACCAUACUUGA